UAAUGGGGUACAUGGUUGCUCAGAAGGGUGGACACGAUCGUGUUGGGUUUACAAAGAAGGAUCUGUACAAUUAUUUUGAUAGUAAAAUGCGUGCUACUAUUAAAGAUGGUGACGUUGCCGCUGCUAUAAAUUAUCUAAAUGUGAAGUCAUCUACUGAUCCCAUGUUAUAUGGUAAAUAUGCCGUAGGCACGGAUGGACGAAUGAAGUCCCUUUUUUGGGCUGAUGGAAGCAGUAGAUCUGACUAUUUUUGUUUUGGCGAUGUGAUUGCGUUCGACACGACUUACAAGAAGAACAAAUACAACUACCCAUUGGUUAUAUUUUCAGGGUGUAACCACCACUCUCAGACAGUUAUUUUUGGUGCUGCAUUGGUGUCAGAUGAAACGACAGAAACGUAUAAGUGGUUGUUGGAGUGUUUUUUAGAGUGCAUGGAAAAUAAAUACCCAGAAGCGGUUGUAACAGAUGGAGAUGGGGCGAUGAGGGAAUCUAUAAAACAGGUGUUUCCGGAUGCGACACAUCGUUUAUGCGCUUGGCAUUUGAACAAGAAUGCGACUGAGAAUGUAAAGAACUCGGAAUUUUUGAAAGAUUUUCAAAAAGCCAUGUACUCUAAUUUUACAAAGGAUCAAUUUGAAGAGUUUUGGUCAAAAACAAUUAAAGAAAACGGACUUGAAGGAAAUCCUUGGGUUCAAAAAACGUACGAGAACAGGUCACUAUGGGCAACUGCAUAUCUACGUGAGAAGUUUUUUGCACGUAUAAGAACUACGUCUCAAUGUGAAGCCGUCAAUGCAAUCAUCAAGAGUUAUGUCAGGAAGAAAGGCUGCAUUUUUGAAUUUAUGCACAAUUUUGAUCAGGCUAUGAGAUGUUAUAGAAACAAUGAACUGAUUGCCGAUUUUAAAUCAAUGUUUUCAGAACCUGUGAUGACUACUCAACUGCGUGCCCUUGAGAGCCAUGCUGCGAAAGUUUAUACCACGGAGAUUUUCAAGGAAGUCAGAGAUGAAAUAGUGAAGGCUGGAUCAUUGAUUGUUAAGGAAAGGUUAUUUCACAACGGAUUUAAGACUUAUCGAUUUACAAAAUAUUGUUGUGAUAACUAUGACGUAGAGGUUGUGUAUGAUGGUGAAACACUUCAAUGCGAGUGUAGGUUAUGGGAUUCUCGUGGGAUUCCAUGUUCUCAUAUGUUUGGUGUCAUGAAGGAAGAACAUGUUAGUCUCAUUCCCACCGGUUUGAUUUUGUCGAGGUGGACGAAGGAUGCAAAAAUUCAAUACUUGAACAUGAAUUGUAAUGGUUCUGAUGAUCCUAAUAUGAUUGAGCUAGCUCGGUUUGGUGCAUAUUGUUCUGCAUUUACUGUUUUUUGCAGAGAAGCUUCAAAAAAGGAAGGUGUUUAUGGGGACAUAAUGGGUGAUAUUCUGAUGUUACAAAAAAAGUAUUGCAGUACGGACGAUCCUAUUUUGGCAUCGAACUCAGCCGUAGGUGAUCCAAAUAUUGUGAGUAGCAAAGGUGCUCCAAAGAAAAAAAAGAAUGACAUAAAAGCUAUUAGGCGAUGUUCUAAAUGCAAUAGUAGAACUCAUAAUGCAAGGAGUUGUUUGGUUGCGGAAAACGCGCCAUCUGAACAAAAUGUUGUUAUGACGUCGCGGCCAGUAACUGAUUCAUUCAGCCAAGUUGUGAAGAACAAGAAUGGAAAAAGAGGUCGCAUUGGGGGAAGUAGUGUGCAAAAUAAAUGUACGGAACCACCGAACUCUCGUGGCGCUAAUGUGACGGCGACUUCUCGCGCGGAAGUUGGAAGCACAAGCAUACCCAUGCCUGCAGUGUAUGGAUUGCACCCCGUGUUGCCAGUGGUACAACCGGUGCAGCAUCCAAUGCACUUACAACCGGUAAUCCCAUUAUAUCCAACGACAGUUGCAGAAAAUUCGGGUUCGUGUUUCGGUAGGCUACAACGACCGAUGAACAAUGGUGGUACUUGAACGAGCAAAGAAGUAGCUGUAAUUUGACCAGGCAUGGAUUUGGAGGUGAUUUUUAUUGGAUGGAUGAACAAUGGGCUGAGUAUUUAGGUAAUUACGUUUACGAUGAGGUUGAACAGAAUGUCGAUCUCAGUGACAUUGAAAGUGAUGAAGGUGAAGAAGAGAUGGAUGAAAAUUUUGGUGAUCCCAUGGUCGAAGAAAAUGGCAUUUCAUUCAAUUAUCGUGUCACUGCUGCUUGUGUAAGAGGAAAAAAUGUUUUCCACUUUCCAUCUAAUGUUGCUGACAACUGGUUAUUGCCGUUGCAAACUGAGAUAGACAUUGUCGAUGUUCAUACCGAUGCUGUUUACCCAUGUGUGUUGAAGACUGGUAGGAGGCCAGGGGAGAGAUAUCUUUGCU